AUGUCGGAACCAUCGUCCUCCUACGCGAAUAUCCCAACCCCUACCGAGGAGAUUGACUCCUUACCCUCCUCCUCUGCUGGAUCAUCCACCUCCGUAUCGCCCAGCGAAGAAGAAGCAUACUCAGACGCAGAAAGAGAAUGGCGAGAAAGCCUGCAACAAUUGGAGCUCAUGUUGACGUUGGUCCUGAUACCAUACCUCGGCAAGUACUUUGGGAGGAAAUGUGCUUAUUGGGGCUGGGCUAGGUUCAUGGAAUGGAAAUACGCCGUCUCGGUCGAAAUCACGAGUCCAGCUACUUUCAAGGGUGUCGGCGCAGUAGAAGCUGCCGCGUCUCUAUGA